UAAAUUUAUAAUGCCUUUACCACAGCAAGAAACCCCAUCAGCCAAAAUAAUUGGGGGUACAACAACUGAUAUUACUAGUGUACCUUAUUUGGUUUCAAUUUUAUAUAAUGGUGUUCACGAUUGUGGUGGAUCUUUAGUUUCUCCGAUUUUUGUUUUGACUGCGGCUCAUUGCAUUUAUCGAAGAAGAACUACACAAAUGUUAGUAAGAGCUGGUUCAUCGGAUGCAACAAAAGGUGGUGUUAUAUCAAAAGUACAUCGAAUGAUAUAUCAUAAAAGUUAUAAUAGCACGAGUUUUGAUCAUGAUGUAGCAUUAUUGAAAUUAGGUGGAAAUUAUAGUAGAUUUCUAUCAAGAAAUUCCAUUUCAUUAAUACCACUUGCUAAUGGAGGAGAAGCACUUCCAUCAACUGGUUUAAUAGCUGGAUGGGGUCUAACAAGUAAUGAAAAUAUUGGUAAACUCUCAAAAAUACUUAGAAGUGUAACAGUUAAUAUAUACAAUAGUACUGAUUGUACUAGAUAUUUGACUGGGUAUGCUUUUACAGCGAACAUGUUUUGUGCUGGCGAUGUUAAUGGAGGAAAAGAUAGUUGUCAAGGGGAUUCUGGUGGACCGUUAUCAUCAAACGGAAAAUUAUAUGGUAUAGUUUCAUGGGGUGUCGGAUGCGGGCGAAGAGGGCUUCCAGGCGUUUAUACAAGUGUUCCUCAACAUAGAACAUGGAUAAAUAAUAUUAUGUCAAAGUAUGCAGCAGGCUAAAAUUGACAAAUAAAAAUAUUUGCAGAAUAUUGUAAUUUUUAUUAUUAAAAUAUUUAUUAUUGAA